CGUCACUCAUUUUCCGAGCUGCUUUCUUGCGGCGACCUGUGCUUUCUGAGAUACACUGUUCCCUUAUCCACUUCCUGAUUGUGUAACCGUGAAUCGGAUCCCGCCCAUGCUGGUUAAACAGCAAACAAUAACUCCUAGACAGACAGCGGCAUCUGCACACACUCACUCAGCCAGGAGCAGCUGCAGCCUGGAACAUCAGCGUGGCCAAGACGAUGUUUUUGUUGCAUGAAGAUCAGCUUCUGCUGGGAUUGGCUUGAAGGUUGUUGAAGAAGUCCAGCGUUGGAUUGGAUCCACAAUCAUUUGGAAGUUUCCUCACAACCAGAUGCGGUGACUUGAAGGAUUCUGGCAGAUAGACUUCAGGAGGACCAUCUGCCACGAUGGACAACGAGGCUCACCCUCUCUUUGAUAAGUUCCUGCAAGGAAGGACAUGUAGAGAGACUCUGAGCCGCUUCCAGGAUCUCUGCCGCCAUCUGUGCCUGGAUCCCACUGACUAUCGCAACUUCUACCACAAGCUCAAGGGCAGUCUCAACUACUGGAAGGCCAAAGCCUUGUGGGUUAAGUUGGAUAAACGAGCAGCACACGAGGAUUAUGAGCAAGGACAGGCCUGUCUUAACACAAAGUGUUUGGUUCUAGGGUGCGGCCCGUGUGGGCUCCGGACGGCCAUCGAGCUGGCGUUUCUCGGGGCCAAAGUCCUGGUGGUGGAGAAGAGGGAUGCCUUCUCCCGGAACAAUGUGCUGCACCUGUGGCCGUUCACCAUCCAGGACAUGCGGGCCCUCGGGGCCAAGAAAUUCUAUGGCAAAUUCUGUUCCGGAUCACUCGACCACAUCAGCAUCCGACAACUGCAGCUGAUUCUGCUGAAAGUGGCCCUCAUCCUGGGAGUUGAGAUCCAUGUGAAUGUGGAGUAUAAAGGAUUAAUUGAACCUUCAAAGGACAAAAGGACAGGGUGGCGAGCUCACCUCCUCCCCGCUGGUCACCCGGUGUCUGACUACGAGUUUGAUGUGUUUGUCUCCGCUGGUGGUGGCAAAUAUGUUCCUGAAGGGUUUAAGAAGAACGAAAUGAGAGGGAAACUGGCAAUUGGCAUCACGGCCAACUUUGUCAACAAGAACAGCACGGCAGAAGCUAAAGUCCAAGAAAUUAGUGGAGUCGCCUACCUCUACAACCAGAAGUUUUUCCAGCAGCUUCAUAAGGAAACAGGCAUAGAUCUGGAGAACAUAGUGUAUUACAAGGACGAUACCCAUUACUUUGUGAUGACUGCGAAAAAAAAGAGCCUUCUCAAGUACGGAGUCAUUCGUGAGGACAAGCAGGACGCGGACUCGCUGCUGUCUGCCCGCAAUGUCGACCUGGACUCUCUCCAGCUGUACGCCCGUGAAGCUGCCAACUUCUCAACAAAGCACCAGAUGCCAAACUUGGAGUUUGCCACCAAUCACCAGGACAAGCCGGAUGUGGCCAUGUUCGAUUUCACUUGCAUGUACAGGUCUGAAAACUCCGCCCUGGUGAAGGAGAGGCACGGCCGGCGGCUACUGAUAGCCCUGGUGGGAGACUGCCUGGUGGAGCCCUUCUGGCCUCUGGGCACUGGAAUCGCGCGUGGAUUCCUGGCGGCUUUCGACGCCGCAUGGUCAGUGCGGAAGUGGAGCAAAGGCAUUGCCCCCUUGGAGCUCCUGGCUGAGAGGGAAAGUAUCUACCAACUUCUGUCUCAGACUACUCCUGCAAACACAAACAAGAAGAUUUGUCAAUACAGCAUUGAUCCCCUCACUCGAUAUUGCCAUCUUAACCUCAACUACCACAAGCCUAACCAGGUGCAACAUUUAUACGAUACAGGGCAAAGCACAGAAGUGGUGAACAACAGCACUCACACAAAGGGGAAGAUGCUUCGAAAUGAUUCCGUUACUGGAUACGAGGAACUCCUCAAUUGGCUGCAAAUCCACACAAAAGGGUACAAGAACGUAGACGUCAUUGAUUUGACGACAUCCUGGAAGAGCGGCCUGGCUCUGUGUGCACUCAUUCAUCAUUUUCGCCCUGACCUUGUUGAGUUUGAGAGUUUGAAGGAAGAAUCUGUGGUGGAAAACAACCAGCUGGCCUUCAACACUGCUGAAAAUGAGUUUGGGAUCUCCCCGCUAAUGACUGGGAGAGAGAUGGCUUCACUCAGCAGUCCGGACAAGCUGGGCAUGGUCAUGUACCUGACCCAGUUCAACGAGUUCUUCAAGACCUUGUCCCCAGAACAAGGCGUUCAGAAAAAGAUGUUGACUCUGAUGUCUGCUAAAUCAGCCCUCAUGUUCCUCAGUACCCUGCGGAGAAAUGUAGCCAACAAACGAAGAUCGCUGGAGAGAACAGAUGCUGACAAUGCUUCUGAGAAAAAGAGAUCAAAGGCAGAGGCAGGACCAGGGACGUCAAUGACGGAAGAUUCAAUGGACUCUUUGGAUGGACAAACAACAGUAGAGUCGCCAUGGAUUGAGAACGCCAAGGCACAAACUGAGGAGUCCAUUGAGACAAGUGGUGAAAUUCAAAGACAGGCCUCCUUGAGGAAGGGUGACGGACCCAGCAGCAGCGAGGUUUGCUAUUUGUGUAAGCAGCGGGUCUACGUGGUCGAACGGUUCAGCGCCGACGGCCAAUUCUUCCACCGGGGCUGUUUCACGUGCCACCACUGCGGCACCACCCUGCGCCCUGGGAACUACGCCUUCAAUAGUAGAGAUGGCAAGUUUUAUUGCAUUGUUCACUACACUGACUCAUUGGGCCCCAGUGAGGAAAAAGAGGAAGAGUCUGCUUCUGCAAAUAAGGAGGAUCUUGAUGGAGAAAUGGAAUUGGAGAAGAAUGCAUAUGGAGAAGAUGACAUAGAUGGUCUUCAAGGUGUUGGAGAAAUUGGAAAGCAAGGGGAUGAAGAACACAAAGUCACAGAAAAAAAGCAUGGCAGUGUACUUGGCAUGAGGCUUCUAACACCAGCUGACAGGAACCCUUCACAAAAUAUGGUGCAGGCUUUUGUUUCGCAGUCUAUGGUAGGCCGCCAGAGGUCCAAACACAAGUGCAGCGGUGAUCCCGGUCUUACUGCAGGAUCCGGAAGAAAUUCUUUGGAUUAUAAAAAUGUUACUGAGCCCGUCAAGGCAGAAUAUAAACGUCACACUGCAGGAUGCCCCUCUCCGCCUCCAUCAGACCUCACUGGGGCAAGCGGUGUCCCAUCUUCCUGUUUGGAACUUCCGCCAUUGCUUGAUGGCAAUGUCAGACCAUCUGGCCAUAAAACCAAACUCAACGCGGAGGGAGAUGGCGCCUUCAAGACUGGGCAGAUCGCAACUCCCGAUAAGAUCAUCGAAGCGAGGUUCGAGGUCACCGAGUCCCGUAUAUCUGAGCCUUUACCAUCACGUCCCGGUAAACCUUCGCACGUGGACAAUGCCGACAGGGCACCGGACACUGCCAGCUAUGAGGGGGUUUCCGCAAAUGAACGCCGGGCCUGCAGAGUUUCCCCCAGGGUUAAUAACGUGAACAUUGAAGCGAACGUAGAGGACACGGAACGGGAAGCUGAGUGUAGCCGUCUUCCAGUGGGAUCAUCUUCAGUCAACGUUGAGCGCAAACCAGCCAGGGGCGAGGAGAGAAAUAUUGGUCCGGUGCCAAAGAAGAAACUGUCUCUUUCGACGAGCAUAAGACACAGACUGGCCAGACUGAGUGUAACUGAUUCUGAUUCAGAUGGUGAGGAGGGAGGCACACCGCACCAUGUCGGGCCUGGUGACAAAACAUCACUUGGGAACUCGGUACCCGUUCCAUCAACUUGCAUCAGCGCAGAAUUCCCAGAGUCGGGUCGGCAGCAGAAGAUCCCGAUGAACUCCUCAUCUGCACCAAGGACAGCAGGAGACAGCAGGAGCGCUGAGGACCAAGAGCGAAAUCAGGUUUAUUGGGACUCGUCGGGUCCGACUUUAAGGAAUAAGUCAAGUCCAAACGCAGUUCAUCCAUUGCACGCAAACCGCCAACUGGAUCGAACCUCGAAGGAAUUAGUACAAGAGGAAAAACCAGGCUCUGAGACAUUGAGGUCUAAGCUUAAUUCCUUGUCCAAAGUGUUUUCUCGUUUAUCAAAAAGCGAGAAGAAAAGUAAAGAACGUACAAGUGUUACUCAUUUGCCAAAUGCAGAGAUACCAAUACCCCAAGUAUCUUCCGUGCCUGAAGAGGAAGUGAAAUCUUUAGACCUGACUGAUGACGAGGACUUGGAUGAAGAUGAGGAGGAGUCAUCAAGUGAAGAUGAACUUGAGUCCAACGCUGAACCACUGCCCAAAAUCGAAUUAAGCCCGGUGGAGUCGGCCGCAAAGCGGGUAACGUGGCAACGGAGAACCAUCGAACGUCGUGCGAAGCAGGGAGAGAUGGCAAGGUUCAUGAAGGCUCAGAUGAUUCAGAGGCGGUUGGAAGAGAUUGCACAGUUGUACCAUGAGCUGGAGCAGAAAGGGAUUCUGCUGGAGAAGGAAUUACGCCAUGGUGCAGGGGACCACCCACAAAUGAUGCAGUCCUGGUUCACUCUGGUACAGGACAAGAACAAGCUCUUAAACGAGGAGUCCGAGCUGAUGAUCAGUGCCCGUGAACUGGAACUGCAGGAUCAGAAGAGCAGACUGGAGCAGGAGCUGAGAAGGUACAUGAACAUGGAUGCGUCUCUGAAGACCAAGGAGGACCAACUUGAAGAGGAGAGGAUUUUCCAGGAGAUGAUCGAGGUGGUGAAGAUGAGGGACAGGCUGGUCACGGUCCUGGAACAGCAGAGGCUACAGGAGAUGGAGCAACAUGCCGUCCUGGUGCCCGGAGCUGCGGCCAAAGAUCUCUCCACCUCUGCCUCCAUCACUUGGACCUGACGAUGCACUUUAACCUCAAGUGGUCCCAGAUUAUUCAAAGCGAGCAAUGUUCCAAGACAAGGCCUUACGAAGACUCUCAUAAGAGUUCACCUCUGCUUCGAUAAUCAUUGAAAUAAAUUUAACGCAACAUA